AUCUCACAGAGAAGAGAGGGGAAAUACAAAACGAGUGUGUGUGUUUUUGUGUGCUGUGUGUUGUGAAUUGCUGUGUUGACUGUGUGUAUGGUGUGAAAACAGUGCGUCCACCCGGCCGGCAUGGGAUGGUCGGCCGGCUCUGAACUGGUUAUGGACUGGUUUAACCAAAGCAGAGGUGCUGAUAUUUGCUGAAGAUGAGUAGCGGGGGAGGGAACACCACGGAGCCCCCCAGAGGGGGAGAGUCUCUGAAGAGGAAGGACUGUCAGUCAGACCUCCUGGGCCCCAGCCCUAAGAGGAACACUGAGAGGAGGAACCGGGAGCAGGAGAACAAGUACAUCGAGGAGCUGGCCGAGCUGAUCUUCGCCAACAUCAACGACAUGGACGACCUCAACGUCAAGCCGGACAAAUGUGCCAUCCUCAAAGAGACGGUGAAGCAGAUCAGGCAGAUCAAGGAGCAGGAAAAAGCUCCGGUGGCUGAUGCUGAGGAGGUGCAGAAGGCCGACGUCUCCUCCACAGGACAGGGUGUCAUUGAUAAAGACGCCCUUGGGCCCAUGAUGCUGGAGGCCCUGGACGGCUUCUUUUUCGUGGUCAACAUGGAGGGCAACAUAGUGUUUGUCUCGGAGAACGUUAGCCAGUAUUUGCGAUACCAGCAGGAGGAGCUGAUGAACACCAGCGUCUACAGUGUGCUGCAUGUCGGAGAUCACGACGAGUUCGUCAAGAACCUCCUCCCCAAGAGCCUGGUCAAUCAUCGCAGCAGUGAUUCGUCCAACAGGAACAGUCACACCUUCAACUGUCGCAUGUUGGUCAACCCUCACGCCGACGGCGAGGCCCGGCCGGCGUCCGACCAGCAGGACGCGUCACAGCAGAAGUAUGAGACCAUGCAGUGUUUUGCUGUCUCCGAACCCAAGUCUAUCAAGGAAGAGGGGGAAGAUUUCCAGUCAUGUCUCAUCUGCGUGGCAAGAAGAGUCCCCGUCAAAGAGAGACCUGUGAUGCCAACGUACGAGAGCUUCACCACGCGUCAGGACCUUCAAGGUAAGAUCACGUCCCUGGACACCAGUCUGCUCCGCGCGUCCAUGAAGCCGGGCUGGGAGGACCUGGUCCGCCGGUGCAUUCAGAGGUUUCACCUGCAGAAUGACGGGGAGAUGUCCUUCGCAAAGAAACACCAGCAAGAAGUGUUGAGGAACGGCCACGCGCUCAGCCCUCUGUACAGAUUCUCCCUGGCAGACGGCAACAUCGUCUCAGCUCACACCAAGAGCAAGCUGGUGCGAUCUACAGCCACUAACGAACCACAGCUCUACAUGUCCCUGCACAUCCUACAGAGGGAGAACAUGGGUGGUGGCAUGACCGCAGACCAGGGCUUGGCCAAGCCAAUGACCCCAACCAGUGUGAGUGGUCCCUCCCCUUCCCCUGAUGCUAGUGUCACCAGCAACACGCACCACUCCACCAUGGCCUCCGGCGCCCCUGGACGUGGUUUUGGGGCUGUAUCGGGUCGGGCACCCACACCUCAGGGAAACAGCCACUCACUCAGGCUGGGCAGCCCUUCGGCCCAAGGAAGCCCCAGCGUCACCUCAGGGGCCCAGGGUGGCAUGUUAUCUCCACGUCAUCGCCAGAGCCCCAGCAUGGCGGCCAGCAGCAGCAGCUGUAGUAGCCCUCACCUUGCCCAACAUCCCCCUGGUUCUUUCUCUCCUGCAGCCGGCCUCCACUCGCCAGCAUCUGUGUGCAGCAGCACAGGAAAUGGUCAAGGGUUCAACUCCCUCAGUGCACUGCAGGCCCUAACCCAGGGCCACAGGGUUUCACAGGGACUCACCGAGGGGCAGCAUCCAGAGUCACCUGACAAAAAGCCAGUUGGCCUUCAGAGCCCCUUUCACAGCAGCAGCGCUGGUAGCCAACAAGCUAAGAACAAUCCCAGCUUAGAGGCGGACUUAUUUGGAACUUUUGGGGACCAGCAAGACUUGUUGUCAUCACAAAACCAGGAGGAUGAGCAAGAGGAGGGGAGAGACGGUGACCCUGACAGCUUCGGGGAGCUUGGUGACAACCCAAAUCACCUUCUGAACUCAAGAGGGCACACUAAGCUGCUCCAGCUCCUCACCAAUAAAUUAGAACCCUCUGAUCCCUGCUCACCACCACGGCCCCUGGGGGACGACCAGGACUGUAAGGACCAGCUAGGUGGGAUUGGGGGUGUGGGUGGGGCUGGGCAUAACAACCACUCCACCUCACUGAAGGAGAAGCACAAAAUCCUCCACAGGUUGCUGCAGAACAGCACCUCGCCGGUGGAGCUGGCCAAGCUAACGGCUGAGGCUACCGGAAAAGAUCCCAUUGGUCCAGAGUCAGCCUCAGGGGACAACAUGGCCACCCUAGGUGAACUCUGCACCAAACAGGAGCCAGGGAGCCCCAAAAAGAAGGACAAUGCGUUGCUUCGCUAUCUGUUGGACAGGGAUGAUAACGGCAUUCUGGAUAAAGCCAUCAAGAUGGAACCUGGUGAGGGACCGAAGCUGUCCAACGUUAAGACAGAGAAACAGGAGCCGGUUUUCAACAUGGCGGACCAGGCCAGUGAGUUGGAGGACCUUCUGGACGACCUGCAGAGUGGCGGUCAGCAGCUGCAGUUUGGGGUUCAACCACAAGUCAGAAGACCAGCCUCCUCUUCGUCCGCCUCGUCCUCCGUGCCGCCUGGUUCCUCUGCGGACAAACAGACCAUCAUCAGCAACAUCCUGCAGAUGACAGACAGCAGCAGCAGCCCCCCCACCCAGCACAGAGGCUUCCCUCCCAUCGGCCCUGCAGCAGGCUUUAAUAGUGCCAGGCCGGGGCAACCGGGUCGAGGUGCUCCUCCUGCCAGGAGUGCGUCUCUGGACGGCAGUAUGGGCCCCAACCCCAAUGCUGGCAGGCCAUUUCCUCCUCAGCACAGGAACAACGGCCCCUACUCUUUACUGCAGCAGCAACAGCAGCAAGGCAUGAUGGGAACCCACGCAGGCAUGGCCAACCAGGCUGCGAUGGCCAAUCCAGGCAUGAUGAGCAACGGGCCAAUGCGUGGCUCCAUGCAGCAAGGCUGGGGUCCCCAGGGGCCCAUUGGGGGUACUGCAGGGCCGAUGAUGGGCCAGGGUGUUGGACCCGGUCGCAUGGUCCCCAACAUGAACACUGCGAUGCCCACAAGAGGCCCGCCUGGAUCCAGACCCAUGGUCAACAUGCAGAUGAUGGGCAACGAGAUGGAGAUGGCAAACCCUGCCUACCCUCAGCAACAAGCUCCGCCCAAUCAGACUGCGCCGUGGCCAGACCGAAUGAUCACUAUGGAUCACUAUGGAAACCAAAGCAGGCCACCGUAUGGGGACGGGAUGGGGUGCUGCGGUACAGGGCCUGAGGGCCAGCCAGAUGAAGGAGCCCUGCUGAGCCAGCUGUGCUCGGUGUUAAAGGACUACGAGGGUCUGGAGGAGAUCGACAAAAUGUUGGGAAUCCCAACGCUGGCUGGACAGGGUCCUAUGUCAGACCAGGACCAGUACCUCGGCUCCUCGGACCCAGCGGCCAACAUGAAGCCUCUCCUGUACAGUCAGUACGGUGGCCAGCCAGGUUAUGGUGGCAUGCCUCCCGACGGUGGCUUCCACGGCCCCUCUAUGAGUGGCCACAUGGGGCCGCAGAGGAUGCCCCCUGCUGGUUACCCCCCAAUGAUGAGGAUGCCCGGGGGCACGGUGUCCAGACCGGCCGGGAUGAGGCCAGGCGGGCCUAAUCCAGGAGUGCCACCUCAACCCAACAACCUGAGGCUCCAGCUGCAGCACAGACUCCAAUCCCAGCUGAACCGCCAGCCGAUGGUGAACCAGAUGAGUGCAGUGUCCAAUAUGAAUCUACCUCUAAGAUCUAAUGUACCAAACCAGGGAGCCCUCAACGCCCAGAUGCUGGCCCAGCGUCAGCGCGAGUACCUCAGCAACCACCUACGCCAACGCCAACAGCAGCAGCAGCAGCAACACAUGCACCAGCAGCGUGCCAUGAUGAUGCGGAAUCAGGGCAUCAACAUGCCGCCUAACAUGCCCAGCGGGGGCGCCGCUCCUACGCCGAUGCCCAUGGGCGGCACCAACCCACGGCUCCCACAGGGCAACCCGCAGCAGUUCCCCUACCCGGCUUCCAGCUACGGUACCGGCCUGCCCUCUCCUCCUCCUCAUCCCGGCUCCUCCAGCCCCUUCUCCUCCCCUCUCUCCCCCAGCCAUCAUCUGGCUAGCCAGGGCAUGAUGGGAAAUGUAGGCGGGCACUACAGCGGGGUAAUGAGUCCGCCAUCUCAGCACAGUGCCUUCCAGUUCAGCAGUUCAGGAAUGAGCCAGCAGCAGCAGCAGCAGCAGCACCAGGACCCAGUGUCAGGCUUUCCAUGUGGGGCUGCGACCCCGCAGAGCCCCCUGCUGUCCCCCAGGAUGGGGCAGGGUCAAAGCUCCAUGCUGCAGCAGAACCAAGGCCAAACCCAGCCCCAGGGAGGAGCACCGGGCUACCAGGCGAGCACCGACCACAACGGAUGGCCCCAACCUGCCAACAUCUCCGCCAGCAACAGUGUGUACCCCCAACAGUCCCAGUCACAAUACUCCACACAACCCAACGGAGGAAUGUACAACAGCAACAGCAACAUGAACCUGGGUGUGAUGGGCAGCAAUGGCGGCAACAUGAACCUGAUGUCGGGACAGAUGAGCUCCAUGAAUACAGAGCAGGUGAGUGACAGCAGUCUGAUCCUGGGGCAGCUGGCGGGAAUUGACAUGUUGACACAAGAGGGUGAAGCCAAUUCUAAUUUCUGCUGACCCCGGCUGCGGUUGAGACAAGGUAACACAGGAGCCUGUGCAAAGAAACACUUGACGCCUGCUCAACUCAGCUCAGCUCAGCUCUUGGAGAAGCAUCAAGGAGUUGAGGACACAUGAUUGAAACACUGCUCACUCUGUGACACCAGCCAGCUCAGAGGUACUAAAGACAGAGGACAACCAAGACAUGUAAAAACCUUCUGAACUGCAUUCACGUCAGUGUGGCUUACUUCAUGCUGAGUUAACAUUUUAUGCAAAAAGUCAGAAUUCGUAGGGGAACUGCCAUCUGAACCAUCCUGACAGCAAAUGCGCAAUGUGAAGAUACAAGAAUAUUGUUUCACUGCUGAUUCAGGGUUUUGUGGGAAACCUUGUAUUUUAGCUAUUAACUGUAGGUAAUGCUUUGAUCCUCAAUAAUUAAAUACAGCUCAUAUAAAUCUGUAUACUGUACAUCAUGUUCAAACAAUCAAAUUAAGGCUGCUAAAAAAUUAACAGUACCUUUACUGUAACAGUGUGCCGGAUACAUUCAACAUAAUCUACAUUUCCACAGAAUUAUUUUCAUCAGUACAACUUAAUCAGGCUCUAUAAUCUCCACUCUGUUGCUCUCUUUAAAAAAAAAUGCUGUUUUCACUCAUUAAUUGAAGCCCACUUUGUUGAAAUUUCUUGACGUGAAGCUGCUGUUAGUGAAACUCAACACUUCCAGAAGAUGAUUUACGAUAAAGAUAUUUUGAGUAAUGGAUGGAUUAUGUCCCCUGAACUGACUUCAUAGGAAGUGUUGCGUUUUCAUUAAAAGCAAACAGCAGCAAACGAAUAUACUGUAGAACAGGAAACAGGGAGACGCCUUUAGAUAAAUAAAGGCGCUGCCCACUGUUUAAGGGUUUAACGUACAAAAUACAAAUAUUGUACUCUAGUACACACAUCCUGAAACAUGUACACUGUAAACACCAGAACUUGUUCACAAAACGGUUUACUGUUGAACCACAUAGAAUCAAAAAAGUGUUGAAAGGUUUUGUUUUUGUUGUGCAGCAUUUUAACAUAAAAAUAAGAAUCAUAUUUACAUCUUAAAGUCAGAUUUUCCCUUAAAUUAAAAUAGAGCUAGGAGCUAAAAUUGUGUCUGGAUGUAUCUGGCACAGUAUCUUUGGACACUGUGGAAUAAAGUUUAUUUUGAGAGAAUUAUUACUAUCAACACAUGGAGGAUGGUUAACCUCUAGCAGCCUUAACUUGGCUGGAGUUGGAUAGAACAAAACACCAGCAACCAUUUUACUUUAUACGUUUAUUAACCGCAUACAUACCGCCUCAAAAUCAAAACAAACUGCAUGAUGGUAAAGCAUAAAAAUACUACACGCAGCACCUUUUAGAUAAAUGCAAGUAUAAAAUGAUGGUUAUUAGUCCCAGGUUUCUAUACAAGGACCCACGCAGUGUUUGCUGGUAGUAUGUUCUCUGGUCAGAUGAAUGUAUUCCCACUGAAAACUGUCAUCCUCUCAAGUCUCUGAAGCAGUGUAUUUUGUGAUCGGGUAAAUCUUUCGUGAGUGUUUGAGUGUGAAACUGAAAUGAUGUCGCAGUUUGACGCUGAAGAAGUGAAUGGUUUGACAAGCAUAAACAAAAACCUCUGGAUUUGGUCUUUUAUGGUUCAGUUUUAGAGCCUGACUGAAAACGUCAAAUGAGAAGGUUUAUGGAAAAUAUUUUACAGGUAUUUAUAGUUUUGAAGAAGUUUUAGAGAUUCUUUGUAUGACACACAAAAAAUCAAGAAUAUCUUUCUUUCAGAAAAUCUCUCAAAAUGGUACAUUUUGAUGUUGAUUUUAAAAUUAAUAUAUUUCAACUGCUGUAGUUACAGGGGAGCUGUAUCCCUAUUUAAUGACUUUUUGAAUGAAGGUGACCGUGUAUAGAUAGUGUACAUACUUAGAUUUAUAAUACCCCUUUUCCCAAAAGUGAUAUAGUAAAAUAGCAGUUUGGAGUUUUAGUCCAACAAACAUUUUUCAGCAGAAAUAUUUCACUGGUUGAAUUAAACCUCAGUGCGUUGGAGAUAAAUAAUAAGAGUGCCAGUAAAUUAACUGGCUUAUUUGAAGGUUAAAAUUUAAAUAAUGUAUUUUUCCAUGCUCUUGUGACCAUCCUAAAGUUUUGGUAUGCUAGCUACCUAGCUUUACUAGCUAGAAAUCAGCUACCUUGCUAUUUUGCUAGAGCUAUUUUGAAAUUGAAAGUUUAGCUACACUAACUAGCUAACUUUGUCUACCCAGUACCAGUAGCUUGAAGCUUUCUGGUUAAGAAGCUAAAUGCUACGGUUCAUAGUAUUUCCUUUCCUAGCGUUUAGCUCUUGCUUCUAGCUGUGGCGGGAUAGCAAUUGAAUUUCCAGAAUGGAUCAGAAAUCCCCUGCAGGAAAUGUAAUAGCUUUGAUCCCCCUGACACUUCACCAACAUUUUAAUUUGCCUUUGGUCAAAAAUAAAAGUAAUGACAUUCCCAUCAGCCUCGGCUGCACUGUUUAGAGCUCAUUACUAAGUGAUAGCAUGCUAACACUGGCACAAUGUCUGACUGUCCGCCCACUGAGAUUUGACCAAUGAAAAUAUUUCUGCCUGCAAAGCAGCUUUGCCUCUAAAAAAAAGAAAAAAAAAACUAUAAAUAAUAAAACGUCAUGCUACUGCGAUUCAUUUUGAAAUGACACUUUGUGGUUGCGAUGUACUGGCCUGCAAGAGUCGCUCUCGCAUUACAGGCGUUUAGCUCAAGCUCUCUGUCAUGCUCAAGGACAAUUCAGAAGUGUGUUGUUUGUCGUUGUUGUUGUUGUUGUUUUGGGUCUUUCUGUGGGUGAAGCUGUGAUCUUUGAAUGACACGGCAGUCUCUACCUAUUCUAUAUACUAAUGAUGAACACAAAUUAAAACCAGUCUCAGGAGGAUGUUAAGUUUUGCGCCAUGGUUAAAGUCUGACCUUAUAAAUAAUAUAAUAAUAUAAUACCUAAAUUUAAGCUUUCUAUUUCACAAAGACGAGCAGGCGACCCAGAACCUUCACUGUCCAAAGUUAUAUGAAUCUUAAUACAGACUGGACCUCGAGUAUUUUGAUUAAGGUGCUCUUAUCUAUUCAUUAGGUGCUGUCUCAUACAUAAGCUUGUAAUUGUGGGCAAAACUGACUGUAACUGGCAAUUUGGAUGUGUUGAAUCUCUCUGCUUGGUUAGAUGGCCCAGAAAAUGUGUAAAGCACAUACUGUAACAAUGAUUACUUUUCUUCCCAAAAGAAGAAUGUGAAAAUGCACACUGACUGCAAAAAGAAACACUGAAAACAUUAUUAUUAUUAUUAUUAUUAUUAUUAUUAUUAUUUUAGAAAAUGUCCCGUUUUUUCCUUAAGCUUUCAGUGACAGUAAAUUAUUGUAGAACCUCGAAGAGAAUAUGUAAGCCAUGCAAAUGUCCUGAAUGUCAAACUCUCUGCAAAGGUUUAAGGCAAUCAAGAGCGGGUGUAAAUGCUCAUGUACAGUAACUCCUAAUGUUUUAGAUGAAGGUGAAUUAUUUUCUCUUGAUUUUGACUUAUACAGUAUAUUGAAGAUUUUUUUUCUUAAUCCAUAGAUGGAUAUUUUACCAAUUGCAAAAUACUGUAAUUCAUGUAAGUACCUUAAGAUGCUAAAGACAAAGCAUAAUGCCUUAGAUCUGUGAUUCUCUGUCUGGUGUGUAACUGUAAGGUUUACAGAUGUAUUAUAUGUGUCACAUACUGCUGAGUGAGUGUUUUACCACUUCAUACUGUAGGUGUAAUGAUUAAUUAGACGACCAGGAUUUUUAUAUUGUUUCCCCCCCAGAAGUGACACCGAACAAUAUGUGUUAACUUGUGUGUGAACUCAUGGAAAUGACAGUAAUUCUGUGUUAGCAUCAAAACAUUUAGCAAAUGAUUUCGUCUGUAGUUGCACGGUACUGUUGCACCGUUUAACGCAGUGUUUUUAAAGGGGCAUUAAGUAAUCUUUGGUCUCUGUCGGUGACCUGCAGUAACGUCAGUGUAUCUUAACAAGCUAUACCAACAACACUUUGAGUUACGGUGGCCUGUAAAUGACAUUAAUAACAUAACCAGUGAUAAUACUACUAAGAUUAAGCACCCGUUUUCUUACAUUAAUGCUUCUAAAGUUCAAUAUUGAGAAAAAUGCUGUGUAUAUUUUGAAUUUUUCACUUUCAGUUCCAAAAGCUUUUUUUUAAAUAAUAUUUUUCUCCAAAUCUCUUUUUUUCAUUUAAUAAAAGAAGCUCUCAAAUGUUAAUUUUUGUAGCCGUAGAAAGAUUUUCCCUAAAUAAAACGUUCUAAAGUGGUCCAAAACUUACACUGAUUGAAUGUGUAUUAAAAAGAAAAAUCUAUUAUACUCAAUAGAAGGAAUGUAAGAAUUAAGAUGUCGUCACUUGGCUGUUUAAGUUAUAUUUCACUCAGAUCUUUGUUAAAACUGUUCACAUUUACUUUUUUAAUUUUUUUUUCACAGUUUUUCUUUUUCCUGUUUAAAGCCACUACAUGUAGAAUUUAUCUAAUGUAAUAAAUGGCAUCUUAAAAUUGUAAAUAGGUGCCAUCAAGCAUUAUCUGUCCCUGGGUUGAGGUGUCUUUUGUGAUUUGUGACCACUGGAUGGCGCCAAAGUCAGAAAUGAUCUAAUCCUACACUUAGUGGCUUUAAGAUCUCACUGGUGUGAUACUGGUCUGCAUAAAACAGCAAUGCAGGACAUAUGUUUCUGCAUUGGGGCCAGAGGUCAUCAGGAUAUUUAAUCAUCUAGUGCUGAACAAAUAUGUCACCAUGCUUUUUGUAGCUUGACACGGAGACUUUAUAGCCUUUAUAGCUGAAAUGUUUCUUUACACAACAGUAGGCAGGGAGUUACUGUUUAAAAGAGCUAGUGCAGGUCAGAUUUAAUGACAGAAAUCGCAUAAUAAUUCAAAUAAUCAUCGAGUAAAGUUACUUAACCUUCACAGAGACAUAUAAAACACACCUUUUGCCCCUUUUUAGAAUAUUUUCAAAGGCUAAAUACGCAAUGAUCCGGCCAGUGUAUUCCUGAGUUAAUUUGUGAUCUGCUAUAAGUUGUACUAUUUGAUAAAAAAGUGUUCCACAGUAAAAUGGUAAAUCAGAGCAAUAUGUCAAAGCAGAAGAAGAGUGUAGCCGUUUAAAGAUCACUGUUUGCAGUUCAAGAGAUUUCUUUUCUCUGCCCUGGAGUUCGUAUUAAAUAUCUCAGCGGUGACACAGUCCAGUACAUACAGUUUAUUCAGAGUGUGAGUGUGUUUCUUAUGCAAAAGUCCAGACGUUCACACCACUUUAUGCAAGCUGUCGACUCUAAUGUUGCUUUUGCCAAUUGCUGCUUGUUAAUUUAUGAUUCAUGCCACUGUAAAUAAAUUAUUUUUAUUGA